AUGGAUAAUUGUUUUACUGCCUGCGGCAGUGCCGACGAUAUCCCAAAAGCCGACUUGGAUCGUUUCACGGACAAAAUCGAAAAUGUUCUUAACGACGAAAAAGGUAGAAAAUUAUUCAGAAAUUUUAUGUCCACUUCAAAGUUCAAAGCUGGAAAAAAAGCACUGCUUGUUUGGGAGAAUACAGAAAGAUUGCUUAAUUACAAAGAGAAUGCUGAAAGCGGCUCGCAAACUCACCGCAAUUAUCUGGAUGACGUACUCGACUUGUUAGAUAAAGCUGAAAAAAUUGAAGAAAUCGAUUUUGUUACUAUGGAGAGGUUGAUCACAGCUGUACAAGAAGAUAAUAGGGAAGGAAUUGUCGAAGGAUUAGAAUUAUUGAAAGUGGAGACGACGAAAGCACUUCGAAGAGAGUACACGAAGCUAAGAGAGCGUUUACUUAAUAAAGUUUAG